CUCUAGGUCUAAUGUUGGAUAAGCUUCUCCCAAUAAUUAUGUUAGGAGUAGAAUAGGGACCAAGACUCCACUUUUUGCUCUUCCCACAGAAGAGGAAAUGAAGGGAUAGGAAUAGUACCCUUUUUUGCUUUGAGGCUAUACUUUUACCUUUUCCGAAUUCGAAAAUGAUUCGAUUCCUUAGUAAUAUUUAUAUUGCCUUACUGUUAUGGCAAAACUUUCUUCAUUCUAUUGUUGCAGAGCUAGAUGAUGAAAUAUUCAACAUAAUUAAUCAGAUAAUUAUAUCGCUUUGGAUUUGCCGAGGGAGGAAAACAACAGGGCUGAGGAAAAAAAUUUCAUCAAAGAAGGGAGCCCUUCAGCACAUCUCCUAAAUACUAAAACCAAUAGUGCUGUACCUCAUUAUGCUACUUCAUUUGCUGGGGUAGUACUGUACCUCAAAAAUGAUUCUUCAUAUCUUUUUUAGUAUAGAAAAAAUGGUCAUGUAGAAUAGAGCGUAUGUCAGUAUAUCAUUUUGACAACUGAAUUUAUAAUCCCCUUUCUUAGCUGAUACAAGAAUGGCAGUACAUCUCAAUCAACUUAGUAAUGAUGCCUAAUAUCGCACUAGUGAUUAUUUACUCUGAUUAGCAAAAUAAUUAAUAAAAUAAAUCUGUAGUACAUGAUAGACAAACGAGGUGUGGUGAAACCAAUAAACUAUAUCCUGAGUCCAGUAUGAACCAGCAAUGCAGGCAGCAGGCAUUACACAGCAAAGACCAAAAUUGCAGUAAGAAGCGAUGCUGGAGGAAUCGCAGAGUGAAUUGGGAAUGAGGCAGAAGGCUGAAAUGGCAUGAGGGGUCCAGGAGCAACCAUAGCAUCUGGGUUUGGUGGGCUGAGACUUGAAGGAAUAGUGGGUAUUGAAGAAUCACUAGGAGCAAGCUCUGAGCCACCAGGUGAAGGAAACAGAGGAGUUAUAUCCGGAGAAAGUGCAGAGAGUGGAGGUGAAGAUGUUGGUGGAUUUGGCAGCAAUGCAGGUGCAGCUGAAAUACUUGAAGCUGGUGGCAGGCUAGCUAGUGAAGAAGAAGAAGAAGAAGAAAGAGAAAGAGAUUGGGAAAUCAAGAAAAUCAUGAGUGGAAUGAAGAAUGGCUUUGUGGAAGUGGAAGCAGAAGCAGCCAUCAGUGGACAAACCUUUCUUGGCAUAGAAAUAGUAAAGGUAUUGGAAUUAUCUUAGGUGAAAGGAAUGACAGAGUUGGUAUUAUAAUUGAAGGGUAGAUAGAUUAUGAAGAAGAAGAAUGUGCUAGUAUUUAGUAAGAAGACAGCUUGGAAUGUAUUGGCAAUGGGACAAGAUUGGUGAAUGGUAAUAGUUGAGAAAUCACAUGAGCUUGUUUGUCCUUUUCCUCACUGGCCUUUUCUUGCCAUUCCUACUCUAUGGAAUUUUCUCUAUCUGACAAAACCGUUCUACCAUUCUUCCCGCCCUUGAUAGUUGAUUAGUUAGGACUCUACACUCCUUCUCCUGUAAAACAAAAAGAAAUCCUUGACAUAUAUAAGCUGAUGGUAUAAAGUAACUCGAAAAUAGGGAAACUACCUUGCUACAAACUGACUACACAUAAUGUAAAAACAAUUUGCCUGG